AUGAUGCUCCAGACUUCCAGAAUCGCACUACGCGUCGCACAGGCUAAGGCUGGCACCUCGGCCACCAUGAGCCGAUCGGCUUCGAGGGCUUUCUCGACAUCGUUGGUCCAGAACAAGGACGUCCAGAACAUCACAGUCUUCGGAGCUGGUCUCAUGGGCGCUGGUAUCGCGCAGGUGCUUGCUCACAAGGGCAAGUUCAACGUGACCCUAUCGGACGUCACAGACAAGGCCCUCGCCAACGGUCAGAACAUCAUCUCCAAGUCGCUCGGUCGAAUCGCCAAGAAGGUGAUGGCUGAAGCCAGUGCCGAGGAGCAGGCUCAGUUCGUCAAAGGCAUUGUCGACUCGAUCAAGGUCACCACUGACCCUGAGGCCGCCGUCAAAGAUACUGAUCUGGUCAUCGAGGCCAUUAUCGAGAACGUUGGCAUCAAGAAGGACCUCUUCGGUUUUCUCGAUGGCAAGGCUCCCAAGGAUGCCCUCUUCGCCUCCAACACCAGUUCGCUUUCUAUCACUGACGUCGCCGGUGCUGUCUCUGCUCAGCGACAAGAGCUUUUCGGCGGCUUCCACGCAUUCAACCCCGUGCCUCAGAUGAAGCUUGUUGAGGUCAUUCGAACCACCAAGACCAGCAACGACACGUUUGACUCUUUGACUGAAGUUGCCAAGCGCAUGGGCAAGGCUCCCGUCUCCUGCAUUGACUCGCCUGGAUUCAUCGUCAACCGUCUCCUCGUACCCUACAUGCUCGAGGCCAUCCGUUUGGUCGAGCGAGGCGAGGCGACCGCCAAGGACGUCGACACUGCUAUGAAGCUUGGUGCCGGAUACCCAAUGGGACCUUUCGAGCUUGCUGAUUUGGUUGGUCUCGACACACUCUCGCACAUUGCCAAGGGCUGGAGGGAGACGCGCGUCAAGACUGGCGAGAUCUCUGCUGAAGCAGUACAGGAAUCCAAGUUGCUCGAAGAGCUGGUCAAGCAGGGCAAGCUCGGAAAGAAGAGCGGUGAGAAGGGUGGCUUCUAUGAGUACCCUGCCCCCGCCAAGAAGUGA